AUGUCCAAGCCAAACGCCACGGGCACCCCCUCUUCGGACACCGCGUUCCGCAGGACCUGGGACCGCGAAGAAUACGCCAAAAAGGCCGCCGACGAAGAAGCCAGGCGCAAAGCCGAAGGCAAAGCCCGCUACGAAGCCAAACUCCUCGGCAAGAAAUACCAUGCACCGGUCGAUUAUGGGUCCCUCUCUGCAACCACUGCCCGCCAGGAGCGACUGAAGGUCGACUCGAUGGUGGGUAAAACGACGAUUGUGCCGGCGGGCUCGGCGCUCGGCAAGCGAGGGCGCGGCGCGGGUUUCUACUGCGAGGACUGCGAUCUUACAUUCAAAGACAAUAUCCAGUUGGUGGAGCACUUGAACAGCAAGCAGCAUUUGAUUGCCACGGGGCAGAGUGGAGAUGUUGCCAGGGCUAGUGUGGAGGAUGUGCGGUUGCGGCUGCGGAUGCUAGCGCAUCGAAAGCGGGUGAUGGAGGAAGAGGAGCGCAAGGCGUGGCAGCUGGACCUGGGGGAGAGGUUGCGGGAGCGUGAGGAGGAGGAUGCGAAGGAACGAGAGGAAAGGAGGCGCAAGCGGAAUGAGAAGCGUCGUAAGGGAGGGGAUGGGGUGAAGCAAGAGGAUAGCUGGGAGGGACGAUUGGGAAUUAUCGCUUGA